AGUUAACAGUGAUAUUCUUAAGUUAAGGAAAAAUGGGUAUUUCUAGAGAUUCACGUCACAAGAGAUCUGCUACUGGUGCCAAGAGAGCCCAAUUCAGAAAAAAGAGAAAGUUUGAAUUAGGUAGACAACCAGCCAACACCAAGAUUGGUCCAAAGAGAAUCCACUCUGUCAGAACCAGAGGUGGUAACCAAAAGUUCAGAGCUUUAAGAAUUGAAACCGGUAACUUCUCCUGGGCUUCUGAAGGUGUUUCCAGAAAGACCAGAAUUGCCGGUGUCGUUUACCAUCCAUCUAACAACGAAUUGGUUAGAACUAACACUUUAACCAAGUCUGCUGUUGUUCAAAUUGAUGCCACUCCAUUCAGACAAUGGUACGAAAACCACUACGGUGCUACCUUAGGUAAGAAGAAGAACCAACCAGCUGAAACUGAAGAAGUCAAGAGAUCCAGAAAGGUUGAAAGAAAGUUGGCUGCUAGAUCCGGUUCUGCUGCCAUUGAAUCAGCUGUUGACUCUCAAUUCGGUGCUGGUAGAUUAUACGCUGUUAUCUCUUCUAGACCAGGUCAAUCUGGUAGAUGUGAUGGUUACAUCUUGGAAGGUGAAGAAUUAGCUUUCUACUUAAGAAGAUUAACUGCUAAGAAAUAAAUGAUUCUAUAAAUAACAUAUUUAUUACUUACAGCAUCUUUUUAAAUCUUAACCAUACAACAAAAACCAAUAUACAAAUUCGGAUUAUAGUAACCUAACUAUUUGUAUUUUAAUAAUGUAUAGUUUAAUGUAAAACAUCGAUAAAAUAUUUACAGAGCUUGAUUACUCAGGCUUUGUCUUUUGCGUUUCCAUGUUUUUCUGAAGAGUAUACAUUUUCAGAGUCUACAAUUUUUCUACAGCAAAAUUUAUUCAUGUUCAGUUUGUUUAUUUAUUUGGAGUCUAUAGACACUAUUAACUAGCUAUGGAUUACAAGUUAGUAUUUCAAUACAUUAAAAUUUCACAAUUAUGAAAAAGUAAAAGUCAGCUAGAGGCAUGUCGUUGUCCUUCAAAGCACCCAAAAGGCACUCAGUACAGGUCUGUGUAAACAUUUGAUUCAUCAUUUUGAACUUUCAUAACAACUUCGUUCGACGAAGCAAUUCUUUUGAAUAAAACAUACCAGUCGAUUCCAAUAACUGAUUAACCAAGUGCAAGCUUCAUUUAAGAAGUUGCAACUUGUGCACUUUAGAAAGUGU